AUGUUUGUUUUCAGUUUAACCAAAUCCUUCAAACGUUUGCCUACUGGUAGUAGUUGUAUCUCAAAUACGCUGGGUAAUGGCUGUGUUGCUCGUUAUACAAUGCAAGUUAAUCGUGAAAAGAUCUUUUUCAAUCGGAAACGAGAACUUGUUAAAUUUAAAGAAGCAUUUAGUUCCGAUCCACAACUUCAUGUUGUUCUAGGUCCUCCUAGUAGUGGGAAAACCGCAUUGGUCCGCGAAGUAACGAGUAAAGGUAAUUUCAACCCUCUUUUUAUCGACUGCCGUAAAGGACAAUUUAACACACCAAAGACAAUUUAUGAUUCAAUUUCUUCGCAAUUCCAACCAUUUUUCAAAACACAUACGAAAUACUUGACAAAAAUGCUUCAACAAGGGGAAAUCAGUGCUGUGAUGGAUGAUUUACAGUUAAAAUUUAAACCAUUUAAUGAGAAUGAGAAAGAUAUUACUUCUGAUGAUGUCAUAAAGUUGCUUGAUAAUAUUGCAAGUGCCCUUCCGAAAUGGACCUGUUGGGAUGGUUAUAACAUACCUCCACCCAUUUUGAUCAUUGAUGAAGCAAACAAGUUUAGCCAUCUUGGGGGUUCAAAAGAUGGAGAAGUUCUUCUCGAAUCAAUUCUGGACUGGCUUGUGGUGAAUACAAAACAGGAAAACCGCUUCCACGCUGUACUUACCUCUUCCGAUUCAUUCUUUCUUAACUGGAUUGUAAAUUUUUUGCAUGUCCCACAUGUUGCCCCAUAUGUUGUUGGAGAUUUGAGUAGGAAAGAAGCUGAAGAGUAUUUUGAAAUGCAUAUUCUUCCUCGACAUGAAUGUGAAGAACUCAGAGGUAAAUUUGACCGGGUCUGCAAAAUAACAGGUACACGAAUGCUCAUUAUUGAUAAGUUUGUCAAUGAAUACAAAAUUUACAGAGGAAAGCUUGAAGAUAGUGAAUUUUCGAUUUUUAGACUAGAAGAUGAUAAGUUGAAGCGUGGUCUUUAUCCUAAAAGCUUGAAAUUUUCAAAUAAGCCUUCUCCACCAGCCUGGAAUGAUCGUCAUUUAAUCAAAACUAUGGAAGCAAUAGUGAAAGCAGAGGAUCAAGGAUUCAUUUUAGAAGAAGAUUUGAUUAAAGCAAUCGGUGAUGAACAAGUCUAUUCACUUGUAGAUUAUAAUUAUCUACAUCGUAGACCAACCAAUCAAUAUGCCAAUGACAUUAUUGACCCACCAGAUGAAGUAAACUCAGAAGCUUUAGAUAGUCAUAUUGUAGAAACUGUUCAAGAUAAUUUUGAAGAAGAAUCAUCACAACUGGAACAUCUAAUUGACAAAUUACCAUUUGACGAUCCUAUUAUGGCAAUUGAUUAUAUUACGAUUGACAAUGAAGUGGUUGAAGAAGAAACAGUAAUGGAAGAUGAAGAAAUCAUAGCUACAGUCACAUUGACAUCUAACAAUGACAACUCAUCACAUACCAACAAUAAUUCCACCUCAACUAAUGGUGGUGGUGGUUUUGUACCAAGUAUAAUCGCAGAAAUAGCAUCUUUGGUUGUUAUAAUUUCAGGAAUACUUGUAGCUUUUUUUUAUAUUUUAAAACGUAGAAAAUCUAAGGCUGGAAAGAUUAUUGAAAUGCCAAGUAGUUCUGACUAUAAUAAACUGAGAAAUUAUUGA